GUGAAUAAUAAAUCUUCAAUUAUGACCAAUUUAUUAUUGCAUUCUCUUCUUUUGAGUGUUGCUAGUAGCGUUAUGCCUGGUGGAAAUUCGAGCUACGAUAAGGCGAUCGAUACUACGUUGAACAUCUUAAUAUCCUGUACGGUAAAAACCAGCAAUAAUAAAAUUCUAUUGGCCGGCGAGUAUUCGGAUGUUUUAAUAAAUCGUCGCCAUUUUUUUGGCAUUACCCCAAUAGCUCUUGUAGGAGAGUCGAAAAAUUCGUCGUUCGAUUUAUUAGCAUUAACGCGUCAAUCUUUUAUCGUUUACAAAAAAACAUUUCACGAGUUUGUACGUUUUCUCAACAAAUUACGAUUUUUCGUUGUUAUUACAUCGUCCCAACCGAUUCUUAAAUUAACCUUGAGAAGGAUAAAGGAUACCACAUGGGCUAAUAACAAUGGAUGUUAUAUUAUGAUAGAUAAAAGAACUGGUAAACGUGGUUGCGUUAACGCAUAUUCGUAUCUUUGGACAGCUUGGCAAUUCGAUCUUUUACGUUCGAUUUUUAUUUGUGUCGAUCCUAAUGAAGGUGUAUUACUUUAUUCUUACGAUCCUUACACGGCACAAGUGUCUGGUGAUUGGAUCGAAGCUGGACGAUUUUCUGGACGUAAUGGACAUCCUUGGCUUUUACUUAAAAAAAAAUAUGACAAAGAAUUGAUUGGAUGUCAAUUUAAAAAAAUCAAGAAAACCUCGGCUCUUUAUGGUUACGAAGUUAAAUUGUGUGCUAUACACGCACCACCGCAUUUAAGCGUAAAUAAUAACAUUACAGGAUUAGAUCGAUUUAGCGGAGACAAUAGUAUGAUCAUUAAAACGAUUUUACAAAAACUUAACGCCACUAUUAAUAUUACCGUCAAACAAAUGAUGUUGGGUGGUAUCAAUAAAUAUGGAAGAAUGACCGGUGUAUUGGGUGAAGUUGCAAGUGGUAAUUACGAUAUGGGAAUGAACUCGAGAAGUUUCACCAUGAUGUGGCAUCUCAGUUACACUUAUCCACACGAUGAAGCGGGUAUUUGUUCAAUGUCUCAAUCAAGUAAAGAAAUUUCCGAGUUAAGAAAAUUAAUGGGCCUUUUAACAACACCCUUUAUGAUUAUCUCGAUGAUAUUAUGUGUGAUAACCUUACUGAUAAUUAUAAAAUUCGAUGGAUUCUUUGAAGCAUGUUUAAACAUAGAACGUUUGGUAGUUUGCGUUGCUAUGUUACGUUUGCCUAAUAUUAAUUCUUAUAGAAUAUAUAUUUGCAUGAUAUUUUUACUCUCAUUAACAGCCAAUGCUGUUUUUCAAAGCCAUUGGUAUACUUUACUGACUAUACCACAGUUUUAUGCAAACAUUGACACCUAUGAUGAUCUUAAGGAUUCUGGAAAUGCUAUUUAUGGUACAAUAAGUUUUAAAGAUAUGGUCGGUGAAGAAUUGGAUUCUCGUUAUCACGAAACGUCAUACAUGGAUUGUACAAACAUAGUUAAAAAUUCUAGCAACGUUGUAUGCGUAUCCGAUUGUCUCGAUAUAUUUGAAAGAACGUUAAACGAAAAGGAUUUGCACGUUUCGAGAUAUAAAAUAAGAGAAUUCGUAUCAACAUUUAUUGCCAGAGAAAAUUGGCCAAUCUUUGAAACGUUCAGUAAAAAUUUACAAAAGUUAGUUGAAUCUGGUUUGGUUUCUUUAUGGAGGAAAAGAGCUACCGAACAUUUGCAUCGAGAAAUACAAUUGAGAGUAUUGAACAUGACUGGAUUUAAAGUACUCAAAUUUCGACAUCUCGAUUUUAGUUUUUAUAUCCUUAUAAUUGGAAAUUCAUGCGCCAUGUUUGUAUUUGCAAUGGAAUUGUUAAUUCAUCGGCAUCGCGUUAAAAUCAAAAGGAUUAUUAAAAAGAAAUUCAAUCGGUUUAAUCGUUUGAAAUAAAUUCAUUCGAAUAUUAUUG